GCUGUGAAACUUUCGGUUCAUACUGUUGAAUAAAAAGAGUGAAAUACUUCAGACUGGAAAGGAGGUGACCAGACUGGAUCUGUUGCUCAGACUUUGCUCACGCACUGUCUGCAGGACCGGAAGUGACGGCAUUUUUGUUUACCAAGGAGGUGUGGUAGUUUAGUUUGCCAGAACAAGUGAGCUCUCUGUGGUGGAAUCUGAGCUUGAAUACAAGGUUCAUCUCACGCACAGGUGAGUGAGAAUUACUGGAUAUUGACAGAAGUGUUUUAGGCUGAAAUGUUCUUUUUUUAUCAUCUUACAGUCUCAUAAUGAGAACUGGGAAGUUCAGUUUGCUUUUAACAAUUGUUAUGUAAGGUCUGUUUUGUAAAAGUGCAGUUUUAUAUAUCUUUACGGACUGUUUCUGAGGACAUUUAAUCCUAAUUAUGACAAAUAUGUUGCUGCUAAUGUCUGUAAACAGGUCAGAAUGAAGAUCUUGUUCAAGUAUUGCUGGCUCAUUUCAGCAUGUCUUUUGACCGGCACAGUGCAAGCUAAGGUAAAUAUAAGUCUGUUAUACUUUUCUUCUACUACCAUCAUCUUUCUCUUAAUUACUCUAAUAUAUACUGGACUAAAUGAAGUCCAAUGUCUGUAUUUUGAGUGGCACAUGUCCAGUAUAACAAGGUUUAUUCCAGUUUCUUUUAUUUUGCUAUAGAGGGGCGAUACUUCCUAUCAAGGUAUGAUGCACCUUUGAUUUAAUUAACUAGAGAAAUUACUGGAAUAAAAGGUGAAUGUAGAUCAAUUUAAUGUUUGCUGUCUUCUUGUUUUCUCUAGUCAAACCAAGUGGGGCAGACUGCACGCAGAUUAAGACUUUCUCUCCUCAGGCAGCCAGCGGGGUUUAUUUAAUCCAGCCAGUCAGAGGCAGGACACCCUUUAAGGUACCGCCAACUUGACUUAAAGGGGAACUUUGAUAUUUUUCUAUAUGUGUUUGGGAGUAUUUGACUGAUGAUUUCUGAAAUUGGUCCAGUUCUGAGGGAGAGCUGAGCAGCCAGCAACCAUGAAAUAAGCUAAAGAGUAGUUUAACUAUGCGGGUGUUUGCACAUCGAUGCGAUUUAUUUCACCACUGACAGUGAGAAAUAUCGUUCUGACAUCUUGUAUGAUCUCGCUUGUAGCAGGAAGGCAUCCGAGGACACGCGACGCCAUCUUUGCUACUUUGAUUGCUUCUGGUUCUUGACGGCUGUCGUUGUUCCGGCAACCGGAGGAGGAAGCAUUCCAUUCUAGAACCUUGUAAUGCUGCGUUCGGGUUACCUCAGAAGUCAGAUGUCGGAGCUGAAACUAACGUCACACCUAAGUUUCCAGCGUUUCAGUUACGAAGUCAGAAAAAAGCAAAAUCAGAGGCGAAAACAAGAUGGCUACAUCUACGAAAGUUAUUUUAGCGCUUGCCUUAUAUUCGGACAAGGCAAGCACUAAAAUGACUUUCGUAGAUGAAGCAAUGUUGUUUCCGCCUCCAAUUUUGCUUUUGUCCGACUUGGUAACUGAUGCUGUGUUUGAGUUACUUCGGAAGUCAGAUGUCGGAGCUGAAAAUGACGUCACACCUGAGUUCCCAGCGUUUCAGUUCCCAAGUCAGAAAAAAGCAAAAUCAGAGGCGGAAACAAGAUGGCUACAUCUAUGAAAGUUAUUUUUGCGCUUGCCUUGUCCUUGUUAUAUUCGGAUAAGGCAAGCGCUAAAAUAACUUUUCCUAGGUUUAGCCAUCUUGUUUCUGCCUCCGAUUUUGCUUUCUUCCAACUUACGCUGGUAACUCGGGUGUGACGUCAUUUUCAGCUCCGACAUCUGACUUCCGAGGUAACUGGAAUGAGGCAUAAUGCUAAAUGUCCUCAAUCUACAAGUGUCACCUUUAAAGGGAUAAUUCAAUAUUUUUUUCAGUAGGGUUGUAUGAGUUACUUGUCAGUGUACUAGCCUUAACUGAUGCCGACCAGCUCGACCUCUUAAAUGCGUAAUCGCUAGUAGAACCGGGAUGCCAGGCAGCCAGCUACUAUUUGUGGCAGACAGGGUUAUAAUUUGAGAGGGUCUGACUCAAGCACUAAAUUCGGUUUAAGUGUACCCUUUACCCAGAAGUCUGUAGCACAUUGCUUUGCCAAUCAGAAAGCCUAUUUGUUUUUGCACAAUCUACAGACACGACACACACGGGUGCGUCUGAAGGUCAGAAUCUCUCAGAAUUAGCUGAAUUGUUUAGCACAGUCAACCCCAUCAGUUGAAAAGGAUACAAGCAUACAAAGGGUCGUCCCAGUUCGGCGAUCAGGACUUUGAUCGUGAUUGCUGGUCAAGGGGUGAUAUUGACAGGUACGGCGGUGUUUUAAAAAGUUGAAUUAUUAUUUUCACUUGAGAGAGUUUGUACUGCUACAGCUGGGAGUGCUUUUGUGCAGAAUACACAGUGGAAAAUGUUGAAAUGAACAUAGGCUAUUAAGUCAAUGCAGAUCCUAGAGCUACUGUGCGGGACUUUUGUUUUUUGUUGUUGAGCCAAAAUAUCUAUCCUGCUUCUUUUUAACUGUUCAAACUCUCACUUUGUGUAAGUCAUGGAAAUGUAAAUAAAUGCUGUUUUGGCAUCAUGCUGUGAAUCACAGUCAGUAUAUUUACACGCACAGUGAAGUUGAAUUUAUCCCGCUAAUCUCUGGAUCAGCUGAUUUUACUCGACUACUGUCCUCAUCCCCAUUUUUAUGCAAACAUAUCUUUGAACAUGUUGAAGCAGCGAUAAGUGUAGAAAAUAUGUAUACCAUCAAAUCCCUUUGCCUAUGAUUGGUCUUCACAGGUGUUCUGUGAGAUGCGGUCUGACGGAGGCUGGACAGUGUUUCAGAGACGCAGGACAGGUGCAGUGUCCUUCUACAAGAAUUGGGAGGCCUACAGUCGAGGUUUUGGAAACCUGAAACGUAAGUACCCGUUUACUUCUGAAUGUCUCAUGAUCGGUAAUUAUGACUGAGAUUUAAAAACAGGUUGUUGAGCGGCGUUAUGCUUUAGCCUAAUUCAUACUUGUGUAGUGACAAAUCACGGCAGGAACACAUCACUGGCUAGUGACGUCUUGUGCAAACUGGGCUCAGAUCCCAUAUCUAAUGACUACCAAGCCUGGACCAAUAAGACCUGAGCCCUGUCCCUUUUUGCCCUGAUGAAUCCCUCAGAGGACCACUGGCUGGGCCUGAGAAAAGUUUCCAUUCUGACACGGAAAAAAACCCAGAGGUGGACCCUGAGAGUGGACCUGUGGGACCACCAGAAUGGAACUGCUCACGCUGAGUACCAAAACUUUCACGUAGGCAACGAGAGGCAAAAUUACAAGCUGCAUAUUGGGAGAUACAGUGGAAAUGCAGGUAAUCUAUCCAUUUACGUUUUAAAAUCUUAACUGUGUGGAUUGCUUUUUAUUAAUGCCUGUUUAAAGGGCCUUUUUUUUUUGCUUUUACAUCUCCUCUUCUAUGUUCUACCCACUUUCAACAACCAGCUGUUUGAUAAUCAGCCUGAUUCCGGUGUUCAGCCUGAGCAGCAACAAUAAAAGCAACAGUCAUGCAGAGUUUCAGUGCAUGAUGUGUGUUAGUUAGGGACAGGGUAUAUUGUUGGUGACCAUCCUCUAGCAGAAUGUAGCAGGUGGGUGGGACUGUGUUCCUGGAUGAGGGAUUUCAGGUAGGAAGGAGACAUUUUUUGUUGCUGCUUUGUGAGCAUGUUUUUAAUUUGACCUUAGAUGCAACUGGACGCGUGUGAAAAGAGGUGAACAGGAGAUCAACAUGUACAGUUUUGAGUUUUAUAAAUACCAGAUGGGCUGCUGUGCUCUGGAUCAUCUAGAGGUUUGAAUGCACAUACAGGGAGGCCUGCCUGUAAGGAGUUGCAGGAGUCAGUGCGUGAUAUUACAAGAGCAUUUACCAGGUGCUGUGUUGCGUGAUCUGUUAGGUACGGUCUGAUCUCCCUCAUGUAACAGAGAGUGGAUCAACAUGCAAUAAGGGUAAGUAACAAGUAUUUUCUUUGUUCGUAAAUUGAUAUUUUCCAAAAUCCCUUCUUUGUCCAAAGGGGACGCCCUCCGUGAUCAGAACAACUACGGCUUCAGCACCAUAGACCGAGACAACGAUGGUUGCUCCCCGUGCAUCUUCGGUGACAUUGCUCAGAUGGAGUGCACGUUUACAGAAGGAGGUGGUUGGUGGUACAGUCGCUGUGGCUCUGCCUGUCUGAAUGGCGACUGGCACCGCAGCGGUGACCACGUUGGUUGGGCAUCGGGGCUCCACUGGAGAACCUGGAAAACCCGUGCAUCUUACUCCAUGAGGGCCACCAGGAUGAUGAUCAAGACUGUGUGAGACGGCUCACAUUUUAUGUCACUUUUAACAGCAAGACUGUCAAUAGAUUGAAGUUAAAUAAUCAG